AUGCAAAGCGCCCCAGCCUCUCAGAGCGCUAAUCCGCAGAGUUUGCCUCAAUUGCGGGAUCAGAGCUUAAAUUAGUCGAACAACGACACUCGGCCGGUACACUUGCAACUCGAGAAGCCAUGAAGAGCGACGAGAUCAUCGAGAAGAUACGCAGCAAGUUGAAAGAGUCGGAUCCUGCCCGGCGCACUGUUGUCAACACCUUUCAGUUCAACUUCACCGACGCCGAUGGAAAACUCAUAAAAAGCAUGGUCUUUGAUUUCAAAGCGCUGGACAUCUACGAGGGCAGUGCUUCUGGCGCCGAUGGGCAGGUCACCAUUUCCGAUGAGGAUUUCUACCUGGUGGGCACCAAGCAGAAAACUUUCCAGGAGAUUCUACAGCAAGACAAGGCCAAAGUCGAUGGCGACGAAGAGGCAAUUAACAAAAUGCUUGAAAAAUUUCGCAUAAAUACUCAGAACUAGCAUGCAUGGUUGAGUGUCCUUUAAAGACGUGUUUAUUCUUUGACGAUUUAAACAAGUUGAUUUAUUUUUGCUUUUAGAAACCCUUUAAUGACUGCUUUUGAAACAAAUAAAAAUGUAUUAAGAAAAGAAC